AUGAGGCGGAAGAAGACUAUCACUAUCCGCCGGAUUGAUCCAUAUCGCAAUUCUACGGCUCAAUCUUCUGAAACAUCACGUUCUUUUCUAUCAGAAAAAUCGGAGCAAAAUGAAAAAGCAAAACAAACUAAAAAACCGGAAAUCAAAUUUACACCACUCUCAGAUGAUGCAAAAUGCAUUGAAAUGAGAGAUGACAUAUGGAAAACAGGGAAUUUUGAUAAAUACAGUGAUGAUAAAAUUCGUACAUUUUCAUUUUAUUUGCAUCAGCAAUUCAAUAUCUCAUUAACAAACAAAGAUUUUGCCCAGGCAGAGAACUACAGACAAUUAUUAGACCGAACUAACGAAUAUACAAAGACUAAAAAGACCCAAAAAGUUCCAUUACUUCAACUCCAAGAUAAAAUUAGUAAAGAAGCUGAUGAACUUGAACAUCAAUUUACACAAAGGCGUGAGGAAUUCGAUAAUGAAACUAAAACACAUCUUGAAGAUCUAAAACAAAAGCAUCAGAAAGAAUUAGAAGAAUUCGAAGAAAGUUGGAAGAAAGACAAACCAAAACAAUAUCGAAAACCAAGCUCAGCACUUCUUAAUAUGAAAUACCAAGAAAGAUCUAUGGUUAUAAGUGGAAAUAUUUCUCAAUUACAACCACUUCAAAAAGUAAUUCAAGUAACAACUGCUAGAGACCAAAACAAUAAGAUAGACAGUCUUAUAUCCGAUUACCGCACUUCAAAGAAGCUCAUGUUAGAGCGUCAGGCAAAAGAAAUCGAAAAUUACACUCAAAACAGGCAGCACAAGAAGGACUUAAUCAUGCAAUUACAGAACAGAGAUAUGUCUCAUAAGCAAAACGAACUUGCAUGGGGCAAACAAAAGUUUACCAGUCGCAAGGAGAAGAAGUUGGCUCCAAUUUACUCCUCAGUUCAACCAGAAUACCAAACAGAACUGCUUUUACCAGAGAUUGAACCACCAAAAGACACGUGGGAAGCAUACACAAACGAAAGAAAGCAGAAACAGAGAUACGACACUCGUCCGAUCGAAGAAAGGCCUCCUUCGUCAUUCUGGUCAUCAAUUCCGAAGGGACUUGCUGAGAGUGCACGUGAGGCAAUGGAACAGAAGAAGAAAGACGAAGCAUUCAUGAGAAAACCAGAUGUUGCUAAAAGACCGAAAACUUCUGCUGAAGUUUCCCCUCCUUUUUCUUCAAAACCACCUCAAAAGAUUCAACAAAAUCUCGCUCCUACCAGAUUAUCAUUGCGAAGAAGCUCCGAAUCAUCGAAUCAAUCUUCACAAGUUUCAUCUUCUCGAUCUGAGAAACUUCCUCAUAUUUCUUCAUCACGUAAAGAGAAAGAAGAAAUCUCUUCAUCACGUAAAGAGAAAGAAGAAAUCUCAUCAUCACGUAAAGAGAAAGAAGAAAUUUCAUCAUCACGUAAAGAGAAAGAAGAAAUCUCAUCAUCACGUAAAGAGAAAGAAGAAAUCUCUUCAUCACGUAAAGAGAAAGAAGAAAUUUCAUCAUCACGUAAAGAGAAAGAAGAAAUCUCAUCAUCACGUAAAGAGAAAGAAGAAAUCUCUUCAUCACGUAAAGAGAAAGAAGAAAUCUCUUCAUCACGUAAAGAGAAAGAAGAAAUCUCUUCAUCACGUAAAGAGAAAGAAAAUACACAGUUAGGACUUUCGAAUAUAAUUAAAGGGAAAUUGUCGACAUUUGAUGUGGAGGAGAAGCCGAAAGAGAGGGAAUUCGAGGUCAAGAAGAGUUCAGAAGAAGAAAACAAAAACAAUGAAAUUCCAUCAGAAAUCAUCACUGAGAGUUACAACGAAACAAAUGACGAUUUUGAAUCAGAGAAACCAAAGGAAGAAGUUUCCAAAUCAGAAAAUGAUUUCGAAUCAGAGAAACACAUUGACUCUGCUCAAAAAGAAAGCGAGAAAGAGCAAGCUAAACAAAGCGAAGAAACAUCUAAUCUGGAAUCAGAAUUUGAAUCAGAGAAACACAAAGAAUCAUCUAAAGAAGAAACUGAAUCUGAUAAUGAUAAAUUAUCAGAUAAAAAACAAGAAAAAGAUAAAGAAACAGAUGAUGACUUUGAAGAAGAAGGAAAGAAAGAUCAAAUAACUCAAUCAGAAGAGGAAAAAUUGAAUGAAAUAAUUUCAUCAGAAGGCGACAAAGAAAAAGAUUUUCAUUUUAUUGAAGAAAAGAAACCAAACAACGAAAUACAAGAUGACUUCGAAGAGGCAACAGAAGAAAAAUACAGUGAAAGGGAAGAAUUAAUGAAACCAACAGAGCCGGAUUUCCAGCAAGAAGAGAAACAAAAAGAAGAAGUAAAUGAAGAAAAGCAAAUUGAUCGGAAAGAAAAUGAUUUUCUUGAAGAAACGAAAGAAGAACAAAUACAUGAAGUUAAAGUUUCUGAUGACAUCAAAGAUGAUUUCAAGGAAGAGCAAAAAGAAAUUGAACAUGAAUCAAACAAUGCAGAAGAAUCUACAAACAAAUCCAAAGAAGUAGUAUCAGAGACAGAAGAAGAAUCUAAAGUUCAAACUAAAGAAAGAGAAAAUCCAUCUGAAGAAGAAACCAAAGAAGAACCAUUUGAAGACGAAUACAAAGAAGAAACUAAAGACGAAAAUACAGAAGAAAUUAAAGAAGAACCAUUUGAAGACGAAACGAAAGAAGAAAAUAAAGACAAAAACAAAGAAGAAACGAAAGAAGAAGAACCAUUUGAAGACGAAACGAAAGAAGAAGAACCAUUUGAAGACGAAAACAAAGAAGAAACGAAAGAAGAAACGAAAGAAGAAAAUAAAGACGAAAACAAAGAAGAAACAAAAGAAGAAGAACCAUUUGAAGACGAAACGAAAGAAGAAAAUAAAGACGAAAACAAAGAAGAAACGAAAGAAGAAACUAAAGACAAAUCCAAAGAAGAAACGAAAGAAGAAACUAAAGACGAAACAAAAGAAGAAGAACCAUUUGACGGCGAAACGAAAGAAGAAAAUAAAGACGAAAACAAAGAAGAAAAUAAAGACGAAAACAAAGAAGAAACAAAAGAAGAAAACAAAGAAGAAACAAAAGAAGAAGAACCAUUUGAAGACGAAACGAAAGAAGAAACUAAAGACGAAACAAAAGAAGAAACUAAAGACGAAACAAAAGAAGAAGAACCAUUUGAAGACGAAUCCAAAGAAGAAACAAAAGAAGAAAAUAAAGACGAAAACAAAGAAGAAACAAAAGAAGAAACGAAAGAAGAAACGAAAGAAGAAGAACCAUUUGAAGACGAAAACAAAGAAGAAACAAAAGAAGAAACGAAAGAAGAUGAACCAUUUGAAGACGAAACGAAAGAAGAAAAUAAAGAAGAAGAACCAUUUGAAGACGAAAACAAAGAAGAAACAAAAGAAGACAAUAAAGACGACUACGAAGAAGAAACAAAGCAUGAAAACAAUGUUCAAGAACAAGAAGAUGAACCAACAAAUAAAGCAAAUCCAAUAGCAUCAGUGGAUGAAGAGUUUGAAGAAGUUUUCAAAGAUGAAGAUAGAGAAUUUGAAAAACACUCUCAAGAAGAAUUAAAUAGAGAAGUCAAAGAAGAAAGAGAAUUUAUCCCUCAAAAAGAUGAAACUAAAGAUCAAGAAUCCAAUCACGAAGAUUUCGAAGAAGAAAUUAAAGAAGAACAAAAAAUUGAUGAAGAUACAAUCAAAGAAGAAGAAGAACAAAAAACAGAAAAAGUUCAAAAUGAUUUUGAUGAAGAAAUAAAAGAAGAAGAUAUUAAAGAAAAGCAUGAGGAAGUAACUAAAGAUAAAGUAGAAAUGAAUGAAGAACAAAAUGAUGAAGAGAAACAACAACAGGAAGUCGAAUCUACGAUAGAAGAAGAUAUUACAGAACAAAAUGUAGAACCAAAGAAAGAAGAACAAACAAUUCAAGAUUUCGAAGAAGAAGUUCAAAAUUAUGAUGACAAAAGAGAAGAACAAAGCGAAAAAGUUCAUGAAGAAAGAGAAAUCGUUUUGAAUAUUGAACAACCACAAGAAGAAGAAAAGAAGGAAGAACUUCAUGAAGAAGAAGAAAAGAAAGAAGAACUUCAUGAAGAAGAAGAAAAGAAAGAAGAACUUCAUGAAGAAGAAAAGAAAGAAGAACUUCAUGAAGAAGAAAAGAAAGAAGAACAAUUACAUGAAGAAGAAGAAGAAACGAAAGAAGAACUUCAUGAAGAAGAAGAAGAAAAGAUAGAAAAACUUCAUGAAGAAGAAAAGAAAGAAGAACUUCAUGAAGAAGAAAAGAAAGAAGAACAAUUACAUGAAGAAGAAGAAGAAAAGAAAGAAGAACAAUUACAUGAAGAAGAAGAAAAGAAAGAAGAACUUCAUGAAGAAGAAAAGAAAGAAGAACUUCAUGAAGAAGAAAAGAAAGAAGAACUUCAUGAAGAAGAAGAAGAAGAAAAGAAAGAAGAACUUCAUGAAGAAGAAGAAGAAGAAAAGAAAGAAGAACUUCAUGAAGAAGAAGAAAAGAAAGAAGAAGAAGAAGAAAAGAUAGAAAAACUUCAUGAAGAAGAAGAAGAAGAAAAGAAAGAAGAACUUCAUGAAGAAGAAGAAGAAGAAAAGAAAGAAGAACUUCAUGAAGAAGAAGAAAAGAAAGAAGAAGAAGAAGAAAAGAUAGAAAAACUUCAUGAAGAAGAAGAAAAGAAGAAAGAACAAACAAAUGAAGAAAUCAAUUACAAUCCUGCAAUUAAAGAAGUAGAGGGACCAGAGUCAGAAGAAGAAAAUAAAUAUCGUAAAGAUGAAGAAGAUUUCGAAGAUGAGAAGAAUGAAGAAAGUGAUUAUAAAAAACAAAAAGAAGAAUCAGAAUCAGUUGCAAAAGAAUUGGAAGAAACAUCAACUGAAAAUAGAAACAAUAAUCAGGAAGAAACAAAUCAACCUAAAUUAGAAAAUAGUUCUUUAAAUAUUACAGAAGUCAAAGAAGAAACAGAAGAAAAAGUCAAUAUCACAGAUGACUUCGAAACAGAGAAUCAAAAUGAAGACCGAGAAACUGAUGCUGAAACUGAAAAAGCAAUUCAUCAAGAAAAUGAACAAAUAAGAGAAAAAGAUUUCCAUGAUGAAAAACAAAUCGAAAAUGAAGAGGAGAAACAAGAAAUAUUGAAGGAACCAAUUGAAGAGAGAAAUUUUCAACAAGAAAAUGAUUUCAAAGAUAAUGAAGAAGAAGAAAAGAAAGAAGAAGAAGAAAAGAUAGAAAAACUUCAUGAAAAAGAAGAAAAGAUAGAAAAACUUCAUGAAGAAGAAGAAAAGAAAGAAGAACUUCAUGAAGAAGAAGAAAAGAAAGAAGAACAAUUACAUGAAGAAGAAGAAAAGAAAGAAGAACUUCAUGAAGAAGAAAAGAAGGAAGAACUUCAUGAAGAAGAAAAGAAGGAAGAACUUCAUGAAGAAGAAAAGAAAGAAGAACAAUUACAUGAAGAAGAAAAGAAAGAAGAACAAUUACAUGAAGAAGAAAAGAAAGAAGAACAAUUACAUGAAGAAGAAAGAAGAACAAUUACAUGA